UCGACAGGCCCGGCGCUUCCCUCAACAGCCCGUCCAUCGUCUUUCAUCCAACCCUGUGGUUACGUGGCCUUUCCUGGAGUGAAUAAGCUCCUUCUUUGGAAUUGGGCACCCGUCUAUAUCCACAAUGCGUCCACGCCUACGGUUGUCUAGUGGACGCGUUUCUCAGUCCUUCCGAGGACAGAGGCCGCGAUGCCAGCAUGAAAUCGUCAUUGCAGCCAGGAGCGUCAGCAGCGCUGCUGCAGCAGCUUCGGGGACCCCCGCACCUUCGAUUGAACAAAUGACGAGUCCGACACGCUCGAUUGCACGGUAUCCUCCCUCACAGCCUCCUUCUCACCGCAACCCCGAAUACCGACGAUCUCAGCUUCUGCGGCAAUACACUUCUAUAAUCCGGACCUCGCCUUUGAUCGUUUUCUUUCAACACAACAACCUCCGAUCUGUGGAGUGGACUGCGAUUCGGAGGGAACUCAGCAAUGCUCUUCAGAAAGUGGAUGACCAGAUGGCUGCUCAGGGACGGAACAUCUCACCCCUUGCUCCGCUUAUCAAACUGCAGAUCAUCCAGACCAGUAUUUUUGAAGUUGCACUGCGUAUCGUCGAGCACUUCCGACCAGAAAAAGCCAAGUCUUCCGGUGAGCUUCCGGGCGCGUCCGGAUUGAGAGACGACCCUUCUCUGACACACGACCUUUCUCGCACUGCCCACGAUGCCGUGAGACAUAUGAAGGGCAAGCAUGAGUUGACACCGGUACUCGUUGGACCAGUGGCGAUUCUCUCUAUUCCCCAUGUCUCUCCAGAACACAUGAAAGCUGCGUUGUCGAUCCUUGCUCCCCAGGAAUCCGGAUUUGCCGCUCCACGAAGGAAAGCAAAUCCGACAUACUAUGAACUUGAUGUUCAGAACGGCUUGCAGAAACUAAGCAUUCUCGCUGCACGAGUGGAUGGUAAGGUCUUUGAUCUCGACCAGACGAAAUGGAUUGGCAGCAUUGAGGGUGGUAUGGAUGGCCUGCGGUCGCAGUUGGUCAUGGCAUUGCAGAGCAUGGGAGCCAGUAUUACGAAUACCUUGGAGGGUGCUGGCAAGAGUCUCUAUCUCACGCUUGAGAGCAGGAGGAGCGUCCUCGAGGAGGAACAGAAAGACGGCCCGGAGAGCAAGAAUGAGUCGUGACGUGGUUGUGGAGUCCGUUUUUUUUUUUUUGUACAAUAGUAUAUAUUUUCGAUUUUCCAUUUUAUUCUGUCCUAUGGACAAGAAUUUGUUCGUUACUUGGUGUCAGAAAAGAGCACAUUGGGGUUUAUUAUCAUUCAUUGAAAAAGCUCGUGAACAAAUAUAUGGAAAUUACCA